AUGUCCCGAGGCGGCGGACGAGGCGGCCGUGGAGGAGCCAGAGGCGGCGGUCGUCCGAAUGUUCCCUGGGACACGGGCGAUGAACCGGAUGCCCGUCCCUCGGAGCUGUUUCCUCCAUAUGCUGUCCCGAGCACGCGCGAGCUCAGCGCGACGGAGACGAACGGCAUCCAUCACUUUCUGCUUCUGCGACAUCAACUGCAUGCCUCGCCUCUCUACACCUCGAAGCGUACCUCGCUGCACGACCCGACCGCUCCGCGCAAGUUGUAUGGACAGGCGCAGAUGAACGCUCUCUACGGCGUCAAGAAUAAGGCGUCGCUCGACCCCUUCACUGCCGUGCCGACCUACUCCCAGAAGUUUGUACGCGAAGACCGCGCGCUGCCGGACUGGACCGCCCGCCCCAUAUGCCGUGAGCUUUUCCCUGCCGAACUUGUCGAAACCAUGGAGCCCACAGCGAGCGUCGGGGCACGCAAGAAGCGCAAGCUCGAACUGAGCCAGGUCAGCGCUUUGCCCAACGCCGAGGAGGCAUUCGGCAUGCCCUCGCUCGAGGCCGACGGCGACGAGCAUCGGGGGGGGCACAGGAACUUGCUCGAGAAGCUCGACGCCCUGCACGACGAAGACGCCGAGCCUGGCGCAGAGUUGGACGAGGAGGAGGGAGCGGCAGAGGAGGACCAAGAUGAAGUAUACGACGACGAGGACGCCGGCGACUACGAUGCCGAAAACUAUUUCGACAAUGGCGAUGAGAUGGGCGACGACUACGGCGACGGGGAUGACGGUGAGGGGACAUACUGA